AUGAUUAACCACUUCUAUCCCAACGGUGAUGAAUCCCAAGCCCAGGACCCCUAUCCCUCGGACCAGGAUUCGCAAUACGCCUCGACUCCAGGAUAUUACGAACACACGCCCCCCUCAGAAUAUGGUUUCAGCCCUUCACCGAACCGUUGCCCCCAGGGCGAUCCCGAGCUCUUAGUCGCUUCCCAACCGGAACCCCUCAAGCUGCUUCAGCUCUCCGAGUGGGAAACAAACAGGCCAGACGACGAGCUUUCCGCAAGCUUUAUUCGGUAUACUAUCGAGUGGAAAGUCAAAGUGAAUAACCGGUCCAUGUCAGAGGAUACGGAACAGGACGUAGCGCUGACCCCAAGUGCUUACUGGCCCUUGGUCCUCAGGGACAAGCUGUAUAAGGUAAUCGAGGAGAAAGUUGCCCGCAAACGAAGGGUCAGGUCGGACGACACAUCUAUUGUUGUCUCGAUCAACGAUCGUAAGCAACGGGACCUGAAAAAGCGGUUUAAUGGCCUCAGUAUUGACUGGUCCGCUGUGGAAAAACAAUUACUCGUUUGGGGGAAGUUUCAUGCCAGCGGUAAAGAGUUGCGACUAAAGAUCAUCUUCAACUAUAUAGAGGACGACAUCUCCCCUAGAAGCUCAACAGGCAGAAACGACAAAAGAGGAAGGUCAUCUGUCACCAAAAGGAUGCUCAACGAGCGGGAUGAACAACUUGACGCCGAACAGCAUACAACUGGGGAACAGUCGAUCUGGCGGGCAGUCUACAAUUUGAUGCGCUGUCCUUCGCCAUCUUGUCGUCUUGGUCCGCACUGCUGGCAGGACCCACAUGGGAAAAAACACUAUCAGCUAAGGACACAUCAUUUGAAACGCCUGAUCGCUUAUGUUGAAGGUGGUGGCAUUCUGGAAUGUCAAACCGAUGUUCCUGACGCUGUUCGUGAGGAGCUCUUCUUGGAAGAGCAGCAGAAAUUGGAGAGUCUCCAAUCUAAGGGCAGCAAAAUGCUUGCUGCAGGAAAUUGUCCACCUAUUAAUAUCAACUUCAUGGGAGGGCAGCAUCACCUUCAAUCACCGGUGACCAACUCAAUUGCAACAUUGGCUACGUCUCCACCGCAAAAUGGACAGACAGUUGAUCCGCUCAUAAUUGACGGGCCCCGAGAUUUGGCUGUGAGAGAGUACAGCGCAUGGCAAGAAACAAAUGUUGUCGACGACAAUUUGAAGGCUCAAUUUCGACAGGCAUGCGAUGUAACGCUGGCCAACGGUCUGGAUCUUGAACAGAUCCAUGAGGACCAUGACGCGGGAUUUUUUAUUGAAAAAGGAGUUGCGGUAGGGAUUGCACGCCGCUUCGCUCGCCGUCAGAGUGGUUGGCAAGGUGUGAUUAGACUUUUGAUUGCUGUUUUAAUUGCUUUUGAUCAGUUAUACUUGCUGCAACGUACCGCAAUACUAGGCAGAAUAAAUGCGGAUACAUAA